CAAGAUUACGACGCUGCCCGAUCUGCCCGAUACCGGACUGGAAAAUUACGGGCAGUCGGUCUCCAGUAAUCGCUCUCGCUUCUCUCACUUCUCUCUCACCUCACCUCACCCUACCCCUUCUCCCCCCACCCUCUCUGAGAGCCGCCGAUAAUUCUAUAUCUUGGUUUCUCUGUGUCUUUUCGAUCUCGAUCGGACGGUCCAGAAUGAACGUAGCUUCUGCUGCUUGUUGCUUGUGGUUUUAGAUCCCGAAACGUCCAGAUCUACCAUCUCCGUGCUCUGAUCUGUCUUCUCGUGUUCGGAGGUCUUUAGCUUCAGUUUCGGGAACAGUUCGCCGCGCAUAUGGAGGUAACAAAUGCUUCAGCAGGUGUCACGCUCGGCGAUGGCUCACUCGCUCGCGCCAGUAAAGGUUUAGCAGCUUUACUGGCUUCGGCUCUGGUCAACAGCCAACUCCUGGCUCAGAAUCCCCUUGGGAUUUUCCUGAUCCGACCUGGAAUGAAAGGAGAUAGUCCGACCCAAUGCCCAUCAUCAACACCGCUUGACGCUGAAGGAGAUGGUGAUGAUGACGAUGAGGAUGGGGAUGGAGAUGGUGACUUGAGUGGUGAAGAGGAUUUAUCAUCUGAAGAUGGAGAUGACUAUGCCAACAACCUCAACGACAAUAAUAAAAGUAAUUCUAAGAAGAAUCCGGAGGGUGGAGCGGAAGAGAAUGGAGAGGAAGAAGAAGAGUUUGACGGGGAAGAGGAUCAAGACGAUGAUGGCGAUGAUGAUGAUGAUAACGAUGAUGGCGAUGACGACGACGACGACGACGAUGGUGACGACGACGAUGAUGGUGGAGAGGACGAGGACGAAGUAGCGGACGAGGACGAAGACGAGGAAGAGGAAGAGGAGGACGAAGACGAGGAAGCACUCCAGCCUCCCAAGAAGAGGAAGAAGUAAGAUUAGGGAGAUGAAACAGCGGCCUUAGACACUCUUCAUCUGUAGCUUUGUUCCCCUGACUUUUGGGUUCUUAUUUUAGCUUCUUGAGGAUGUUUGUUAGGAUGUGUUCCAAAUUAGUAGUUAUGUUUCCGCUGCCUGAUUUUAGGGUACUCUUGAACUUUUUUGCUGCAGCAGUGAUAAAUGGCAAUUAGUUUCAAUGCUUUUAUUAA